CUGUAAUAGAACCCGGUAGCUGAUUGGUUUAUGCCGCCUUAUUAAAGAACGCUGGGAAAUUGUGUGACGUCAUUUUCCAAGAUGGACGCCAUAGUACAUGAAACGCAAGAUGGUUCAUUAUGUGCACAGCAUUGCUUGAAUGCUUUACUACAGGGAGAGUACUUCACUGCUGUUGAUCUUUCAAUGCUGGCUAGAGAUCUUGAUGAAGAAGAAAGAAAGAGAAUGGCUGAAGGUGACUUACAAUCUGCUGAAUAUCUGAAGUUUCUUGAGCAACCCUCAGGUAACAUGGAUGAUAGUGGGUUCUUCUCUGUGCAAGUCAUCAGUAGUGCAUUAUCAGUAUGGGGACUUGAUCUUGUACCAUUUGGUAGUGAGGCUGCCACAGUGGCUACAGUUGAUCCAACGACAGAAAUAGCUUUUAUUUGUAAUUACAAAGAACACUGGUUUACAGUUCGCAAACUAGGGCGUCAGUGGUUCAACCUGAAUUCACUACUCACGGGACCAGAACUAGUAUCGGAUACAUAUCUUUCAAUGUUUCUUGCGCAGUUACGACAAGAGGGCUACUCUAUAUUUGUGGUUAAGGGACAGCUUCCUGAAUGCGAAGCCAAUGAAGUACUGCAAAUAAUAGAAGCCGUGCAGACACAGAGACCAAAACUACUCAGCGAACUUCAAAAACAAAACAAGAGUGCAAACGAUGGUGCUAGUACAUCAAAACAACAUGUCAACUUAGACGAUUUACAAAAAGCUUUAAAAGCCAGUGGGCAAUGUUUCGAGUCUGAUCAAGAGGAAGAAGACAGAUUGCAGGAAGCUAUUAGGCUCAGCAUGCAAGGCUGUGAUGGUGGCAGUGCAAGUUCAUCUCAAGCGGUUGACUUAGACGAAGUAAGGCAAAAGAGACAGGCAUAUUUUGACAGACAUCGACUAGAAGGGGAACAAUGCCAAGAGACACAGCUAAAUUGUGGGAGUCCAGAACUUGAAAUUAAUGACAAUGACAAAAUUACAUCAUUUACUCAGUCGGAUGACGAAUUGGAACAAAUGUCUACUCAGGAACUUGAAACCACAGCCAUUGAAGGAACUAAAAAAACUGUUUCUGACUUGACAGAGGAAGAAAUGUUAAAGAUUGCUAUGGACCUUUCUAUGAAUGCCGAGGAUACAGAGUGAAAUGAAUGUAUAUCCUAAAAAUCUUGCCACUACCCUUACCCCCACCCUCUAUGCAAAAUACAAUGUAGUAAAAAAAAAUGAUAAAGUCA